ACUGUCAGUGUCAAAUCUGCUUGUCAAUUCAGAUUUUGUCUGUGUGCUGUGUUGUGUUUGCUUGUAAAUUAAUUUGCAAAUUUCCCCAAAAUAUUCCAGAUUUGUGGUGGAAAUUAAAGAAGUGAUGGGUGCCUUGACCAGCAGACAAAAUGCUGGAGUAGAAGAAGCAGACGUGGUCUCUAAUCACGCGUACAAAUAUCCUCCAAGAUCGGGGAAUUAUUUUGGAAGUCAUUUCAUUAUGGGCGGUGAAAGAUUUGAUACUCCUCAACCUGAGGCUUACUUAUUUGGAGAAAAUGCUGAUCUCAACUUUCUUGGCAGCAGACCUACUCCAUUCCCAUAUCCACCACCUCAGUCUAAUGAGCCCACAAAAACGUUGAAGAGUUCAAUUAACAUCCGGAAAGAAUCUCUAAGAUUUGUUCGUUGUCCUGAACCAGUGGGAAAGAUAGCCGACUCAAAUAAAAUUGGAGAUGGGCCAUUGAAGUCCUUGGAUAAUCACGGGAAGGGGACAUACUACAACAUUGAAUUUACAUUUGACUGCGAUGCAAGAUGUGCUAUAACUAUAUUCUAUUUUUGCACCGAGGAAGUGACCCCAGCUGGAGUUGUUUACUACCCUCGCGAUCCGUCCAUGACGUCCCAGACGUACCACUACAAGAAGGGAGCCAACCAGCAGUUCUGCCAAAUCUCCCAUGUGUUUGAUCCCUCAAAGUAUCCCGAGGAGGACCUCUCGUACAAUGCAGACCGGGAAAUAAUCCCCAUUGCCAUUUACUGUGUUGUUGAUGAAGGACAAGAUGAAAUUCGCCAAUCUCAUACCACCAUAGCAGUGGUGGAGAAGCACUCUGACGGCACUUAUGUGUUGAAGGCCUUGAAACAGAAACUUUUUGUGGACGGUCUGUGUUACUUGCUUCAGGAAAUCUAUGGAAUCGAAAACAAGAAUCUUGACAGUAAGCCAACGUCUGACGAGGAGACCGAAGACGGCGGAUCAGAGUGCGUGAUCUGCAUGUGCGACGUGCGCGACACGCUGAUCCUGCCGUGCCGCCACCUGUGCCUGUGCAACUCGUGCGCCGACUCGCUGCGCUACCAGGCCAACAACUGCCCCAUCUGCCGCGCGCCCUUCCGCGCCCUGCUUCAGAUCCGCGCCCUGCAGCGCGUGGCGUCCUCGCCCGCCGUGCCGCUGCCCGCGGCUAGUCCACCUGACGGCAGCAUGGAGAACAUCCCGGCGGGCUACGAGCCGGUGUCGCUGCUGGAGGCGCUGAACGGGCCGCACCCCGCGCGCGCCCUGCCCGCGCCGCGGCCCGCGCCCGCCAUCGCCAGCCCCGACACCGACACCGCCUCGCAGGCGGCGGAGAUCCUGAACCGCUGCAACCUGGAGCGCAGCUCGUCCACCAGCCUGGGCAGCAGCGGCAGCCGCAAGCGCUCCGCCUCCAAGGACGAGCCCAAGGCCCGCGAGCAGGCCGUCACUCCAGAGUUCCGCAUGUCGGUGCUGCUGGCGCGCGAGGAGGCCAAGGCGGAGGAGAAGGCGGCGCACUCGCCGCUGCUGUGCGCGCACAACGGGCUCGCCGACAAGCGCACCAAGUCGUCCCUGAGCCUCGACUACCCGCGUGAACCGGCGUCACAGUCGGCGUCCAACUCGGACGACGAGGGCUCGGUGCGCGCGCCCGCCGCGCCCGGGCCGGAGCCCGACGCCGCGCCCGACAGCGACGCCGAGCGCCUGUCGCCGCUGCUCACGCGGCCGCUCACCAACGGGCCGUGCGCGGGCUGCGGGGGCUGCGCGGGGUGCGCGGCGGGCGGCGCGCUGCGGCUGGCGGCGCCGGCGCUGGCGCACAUCGACGACACCGACACCGACGAGCCCGACCACCACCACUCGGACGGCAGUCAAUCCCGCGACGAGGCGGGGUCACCAGCGGUCGGCGAGGACUCGGACUAUUUCACGCCCGAAGACACCACCACCACCAUUCUGACGGUGCCCAGCGCCAAGUCCAAGAUCGAGCCAGCCAACAACGUGCCCGGGGAAUGCACCCCGCAGCGCUGGGCGUUGCCGCAUCACGUCACAUCUCUUCCAGGCACCCCCCUGAGCCAGUCGAGCGUGCGGUCGUCGGGCGACUCGUACAGCUCGACGUCGUCCACGCGGCAGCUGCUGGCGCCCGUCGGGGCCCCGCUGGCCGCCGACACGGCCUGCUAGCGCCGCGCCCCUCCCGCGCGCCCCUCCUCGGGUGCCCCCCCUACGGCCCGCCCGCCGCUAGUGCGAAACAACGUCGCCUACCGCAUUCCACCGUAUUAGUGUAGCGUAUAAACAGGGGGCCUAGUGUGAGUUUUAAUGACAUUAAGAGUAGGCGCACACCGUUGAUUUUUGGUUGGCCGAUAGUUGUG